CCAGCCACAUUGGGAGGAGCAGGGAGUGGGGUCCCUGAUGGCAUGAGGUGAAACCCCCAGCCCUGGGGAGGAGGAUGAUCUGUCUGAGGUGCCCUGGUAGAUCCCACUGCCCUGCAGGGCCUGGUAUUCUGCUGAGCAUACAUUUUCCCCUUGUCCAAGGGCUCCCUGUGAGUCACUCCCAGGCUCAAUCCUCUUAGUCCCUGAAGCCAGCUCAGCAUCCACAGGGCUCUGGUCUUCAGGUCCACAGCCAGGGGCCAGCCCUGGCCGUGGCCCAGUCUGACCCAGUUCAGGACCCAAUGGAAAGGGCUCUUAGUCAAAAUGUGACCAGUUUUCGUCACCUGUACACACCAAGAGUCAGUGACAUGUACCUGAGUGCUGUGGGUAAGAUCACCUGUGUGUGAUGGGGAGGGUGAGGGGCUCCAGACUGCACUUCCCCAGCACUGGGGACAAACAUCUGAUGUUUUGACACUGUUUGGAGUCAGCAGCUGUUAUAGCUGUUAUAUGGGUUGCUUGUCCCCAUUCUCCACUCUCCCCUGGGUGAUGGGCAGGACCCAGCUGGUGCUUUGGGCUCUGGGGUGUCCCUGUGUCAUAUCCAUCCCAAGCACAGUGAGAUGGGUGACUUUCCCCGGGCCAUGUUAUCAUUUCCACUGUUCCCUUCUUGGCACGUGGGCUCCAGCACUGUGAAGUUUGUCAGGCUGUUUGUCCCCAGUUAUCACCUUGAUUGCCCCUAUCUUUGCUCUCCAGCUUUGCCACGGGUGACUCACUCAGACUUUGCAGGGUUGCUGCCCAAUCAUUCUGUGCCAACAUUUGACUCUGCUCCUCCAACACCUUUCAAGACAAAAUUGGAACAAAAUGCAUUUCUGAGGCUGGGAUCUGGGCAAGGGUGACCUGGUGCAGCAGAGCUGGGAGGUGCUGGAGUGGAGCAGGACUCAGCCUUGAGCCUUGACCUGGCACUGAACUCCACCUUCAACCUGUGCUGGGAAGGGUUUGGGAUUUCUUCAAAGCUGCUGCUGGUCUGGGCUAAAACCUGCACCCUCUUUGUGUGGGGGGAAUUAACUUUGGGGGAAACAUGGACUUGGCUCCCCUCUGCAGGCUGUUUUGCCCUGGGGAGGUGAACCCUGAGUGCUGGGGUGACAUGUGGCAGCCAUCUGGGAAGGUGACAGCCUCUUGCUGUGGGCUGCUUCCCUGUACAGCAGAGGGGGCCCCAUGGGAGCCCCCGUGGCUGAGGCUGCAUCCCCAUCCCCUCUGCCCAUCGGCUCCAAGGGUGCUGUGUCCUCUGGGAUCUCAGCCAUCUGCUCCAGGGAUCUGCGGCCUGCUGAGGGAUUUAAGCCAGCCCAGGGGAGGGAAGAAAGACUUCGGGCAUCCCUCCCCAUUCCUGUCUUCAGGAGUUCUCCAGCUGCAGGUGACUCCCCACUCCCAGGGGGGGCACGGGUACCAGUGGUGCUCCCAGAGGAGCGGGAUCUGGGGACCCUGACCCACAUCAGAGCCCACUAGUCACCUCCCAUGCUAAGGCAGCCAGACUGUGCCUGGAUUAGCAGGUGCUAAGCUCCUUCUCAUCAACGCGGCUCUGUCGCUGGGUGAGUGGCACUGCCACCAGCUAUAGGGACACCACUGUCCCUGUGAGCUGCCGACACCGAGAAGCCUUGUGGACUCUGAUGCCACUUCCCCCCUGCAGUCCCCUGCAUGGUAGAGGCUUUAGUGGCUUGGGGUGGGGCUGCAGGGAUAGCUGGCCAUGGCCAUGGCCCUGGCAGGGGGUAUCCCCCUCCCUGGCUCCGGAGGGGCACAGGGGCUACGGCGGCACUUGCUGCAGUCCCCCCCUGAGGAGGACGGGGUGCUGUAUGUGGACUACAGGCCUCCUGCUCUGGACAGCAUCCACCUGCCCCGCUAUGUCCUGUACCUGAUGAUGGCAGCAACGCUGGUGCUGGUGGUGGCAUAUGCCAUCGUGGGGCACCUCAUCAAGGACCUCGUGCACGACUUCGCUGACUGGGCAUUUGGGCCCAAGCCGGAGGAGAACACAGGGAUGGCCGAAGGCCCCGUGCUGGAGGCACAGUGGCUGGAGGAGGACAAGGUGCUGGUGGAGCAGAAGGUGGAGGAUGAAGGCAGCAGCAUACUGCCCAGCAUGGACAUCCCACUGCAGCCGCUCGCUCCUCGCAGCUCCAUCUCCUUUGCUGACUCCCCCAAGAGGUUCUUCUAGGGUCAGGGGACACCCCUGCCACCAGCAGGACCCUGCAGCCCUGCCUGACCUGUCACGGUGUGGGUCUGGCCAUAGGCACUGCUCAGCACUGGCACACAGCCUCCCCCUCCCUCCCAGCCGUAGCGCUGCUCUGGGGCUCCUCUUGGGCUAUCACACCAAUAAAGCCACUUGCCCCAGUCCUGCUCACCCCUUGGGCCAGCACAAUGUGGGGAGUGGCAGGGCUGGGGCAUCCCAACCUUUGCCUGGGGUAACAGCACCCCUUGGCACAGCCAUGCCACCCCAAGCCCAUGGGCACAUGGCUGUAUAAAGGGGGGUGCUUGGGGGUGCAAACCCACGGGGUGAGGGCACAGCCGAUGGUGGCAGGGGGCAUGGACAGGGGUGCACAUGGAUACCCCUCUGGAUGGGCCAAGUCAGCAUGGGCACACGGGUAGGGACAGAUAGAUGGACAGCUGGAUGCUGAGCCUGGCUGUGCCCCCACCACCCCCUCAGUGCCGUGGCACUGCCAGACCAUGCUCAGUGGCACCCAGAGGUGGCCCCAAACCAGUCUUGGGAGAAAAAGCACCCUGAAGCCUCACUUGGCUUCCAGGUGAAGGCACUGGGUAUGGGGGCUGUUUUAUGGACCUGCAGCCCCUGUCUUAAACCCAGGCUGAGGCUGGGUCCCUGUGCCCUGUCUUCUUCUUAACCCCUUGAGGAAUUGCCACAGGCAGGGUGGCCCUGCCGAAGUCCACUGUCCCUCCCUGGGGUGCUGGUGGCCACCCUCUUCCUCAGUUUUCCUUGUGCCCUGGUGGGUGGGCACCCUGCCAUGGUCUCCCUGAGCUAACCCUGUCAGUGUUUCACUCGACAGUAUGCGGACACACACUGAAGACAUGAUGGGGUUCCACCUGGGCUUGUCUGGGGGCAGCUGGCUCGUGCCCAGGGGAGAGCUGGGGGUGGCCUGGCAUUGCCCACCCCUCUGUGUCACCCCAUCCCCAUGGGAUCUGCCCCAGCCCUGCCAGCUGGGAUAGGGGGAACCAGGCAGGGUGGGCAGUUCUCCACCCCAUCACCCAUCUGCUCUUCCACCUGUGCACCCACCCACCUGCCCACCUAUCUGUCUCUGCUUCCAUCCACCUGCCUACCCUGGGGGUGGUCCCCAGUCCUGGGCACAGGGACAUGCCUGUCCUUUGCCAGGUGCUCCCGGAGGUGGUGGCCGCUGGGCGCAGUGGGUGCCAGUGCCUGAGCCAAGGGAGUGGUACCACCUGCCAAGGGUGACAGGAGUCAUGUCACCAUGGUGCUUGGUGCUACUUUGUCCUCUUGGGGCCAAUAAAGGCGACCGUUGUCUUGGGUGCAGAGUGCAGGCACUACAGCAGCAGGUGACAAAAGCUCACCUCCAGGAGCAGGAUCCAGACGUGCCCCGGCCCUCCACCCAGAAAUGCCGAAGCUCUUGCAGCCCCUCUCGCUCCUGCUCCUGCUCGUCCUUGCUUCCACCGCCCAGGG